AUGUUGUCCCGACCAUAUCUGCGGCUCCUUUCACUCCUCGCCGUCGUGUUCGCCGUCGCUCAAGCUUCAUGGUUCGAUGCCGACAUCCGUGCCUAUGAAGUCGGAAUUGUACGAAGACAAGCAUCCGGGGCUUCCGGCGCUGGAACACCAGUACCAGAUCCAACGCCGACAACCACUGAAGAGCCGGUAACGACACCUCCUGCCCCAGCACCCAGUACCCCAGAAGACACGCCGACUACACCUUCGACUCCUGCCUCAAACCCCGCCGCCAGCACGCCUACAUCUGACCCUCCAACAACGCCGGGUUCUCCAACUGGCGACCCAGAGAGCUCCUCUGGCCCUACGAGCCCAGGAGCUCCGAGGACAACGGCAACCUCGACCACGACCACGGCCCCAAGGACUACCGCUACGCCUACCCUCACCACAGCCGUCGUAAUCAAUACAGUCGUCGUCACCAUCUCCGGCAGCGUAGUCAGCUCGCUCCAAUCCUCAACCGUCACCUCGGCCCUUCCGAUCGCCACCGCCGACCUGAACAGCGAUGGAACGAAGGCUUCCUCUGGUAUGAGCACGAAGACGCGCAACACCAUUAUCGGAGUUGUUGUCGGUGUCGGUGGAGCCAUCAUCCUGGUUGGACUCGGCAUCGUAGCCUUCCGAAUAUGGGGCCGCAAGAGGAACAACGAAGAGAACGAUGGGCUCAUGAGCAUGGGCUAUGUAGGCAACCCGGGCCAUGAGAAGACGGGCAGCACGUCUACACCAGGCACCACAAACCCUUUCCAAAGUACGCUGGAGAACUACCACGACCCAGCACGUCAGGGCAACGUCAAUGCCUCGUCGAAUUUCUGA